AUGGGUGAAUUGAAUACCACGGGCAACUUCACCUACUCCGAUGAGGAACUAGCGGAGAUGUAUGAUGGGAUGGAGGAGCCCUGUGAGAUGGGGAGAGACACACAGCUGAAGCAUGCCCUCAGCGUUUACGUCCACUCCAUCAUCUGUGUCAUUGGCUUCAUCGGCAACAUCCUCGUCAUCAUCACCUACGCCUUCUAUAAAAGGGCCAAAUCCAUGACGGACGUCUACCUGCUCAACUUGGCCGUAGCUGACAUUAUGUUUGUGCUAGCGUUGCCGCUCAUCAUCUACAACGAGCACAACAACUGGGCCAUGGGCGAUGGGGCUUGCAAGCUCCUCAGUGGCCUCUACAGCAUGAACGUGUACAGCGGCAUCCUCCUGCUGGCCUGUAUCGGUACCGACCGUUACAUGGCCAUUGUCCUAGCUAGCCGGUCGUUCCGGAUGCGCUCAAAAACACGAGUCUAUGGCCAUGUGAUCUGCAUUGCGGUCUGGUUCCUGGCUCUCAUGCUGUCCCUGCCCACGUUCAUCUACUACAAGAGGUAUGAUGCCAAUGAAAGGCAAUCCUUAAAUGAAUUCAAAAGCUUCGAUGACGACUAUGACAACUACAUGGGAUAUGUGAAGACAUUGGAAGACAAGUAUAUGGGAGAUGAACCCAACAUAGUGUGCUCUUUCCAUUUCGACGACAACACGACGGCGCGUCUUGUAAAGCGUUUGGUUCCCAGUUCGCAGGUGGCCAUAGGUUUCUGUCUUCCCCUUCUGAUCAUGGGUUUCUGCUACACCAGUGUUAUCUUGACCCUACAGCGCGCCAAGAACUUCCAGCGGCACAAAGCUGUCCGUGUGGUCUUGUGUGUUGUGAUAGUGUUCUUGGCCUGUCAUGUCCCCUACAACACGACUCUCCUCUACUUCACUGUGGUCUUGUUCCAGCAGAUGGAAUGUGACCAGGAAGUUAGCAUACAAGUGGCACUGGUAGUGACCCAGACUAUAGCUUAUCUGCAUUGCUGUCUAAACCCCAUCCUCUAUGCCUUUGUUGGGGUCAAUUUCCGCAACCACUUCCGUAAGAUUUUGAUUGACACAUUCUGUAAAGGAAAGAGGUACUUCCAAGGGGACACAAGCUACUUUAGCCGUCGCUCUGUAGAUGGAUCGACCAAAGAAAAUGCCACGUCUUUCACAAUGUGA